GCAAAGUCCGCACCUUAGAAACCCCAAAUAUAAUUACUAAACUUUUUAUUGGGUGCGGAUUUGGGUGUGAGCUUCCCAUCAGCCCGUUAGGUCCAUACAGAAAUCACCUAAGGCCAUUAUAUAAAUACCCUCAGUUACCCGCACACACCACUUCCUGUAGGUCUAGGGUUUUUCAUUAUUCAAUUCAGAGUAAUCAAACCCUAGCAAUGGCGACUCCCGCAAUCGAGUCAGUGCAGUGUUUUGGCCGCAAGAAGACCGCUGUCGCUGUCACAUACUGCAAGCGCGGCCGUGGCCUCAUCAAGAUCAACGGCUGCCCAAUCGAGCUCGUCGAGCCCGAGAUCCUCCGCUUCAAGGCCUACGAACCCAUCCUACUCCUCGGACGACAGCGCUUCGCCGGUGUCGACAUGCGCAUCCGCGUCAAGGGAGGCGGUCACAUCUCCCAGAUCUACGCCAUCCGCCAGAGCAUCGCCAAAGCUCUCGUCGCUUUUUACCAGAAAUAUGUGGAUGAGCAGAGCAAGAAGGAGAUUAAGGACAUUCUGGUCAGGUAUGACAGGACCCUCCUUGUUGCUGAUCCGAGGCGCUGCGAGCCCAAGAAGUUCGGCGGUCGUGGUGCUCGUGCUAGAUUCCAGAAGUCUUACCGUUGAUUUGGGGCAAAUGGAAGGCGAAAGAUGGACAGGUUUAGCUUCUUCGUUUCGGUUUAUGGUUUAAGGGUUAUUGACUUUGUUUUAAGAAGUUGGAAGUUAAAUGGGUAUUUUAUAAUUUUCCAGAAUUUUGAUCAUCGAGACUUUGUUGUUGUUUUUGAGUAUGUUGGAUAUUGAAUGGUUACCAUAUUAAGUAUGACAUCCUUCAAUUAAUUACUAGUUUAUUUUGCU